AAGGAAUUUGGCGAUGGUUGCAUUGUGUGGACAUGCUGGGUGGUGCGUCGUAAUCGGACAUGCUCACUCUGUUUCUAACCCAAAUUUUUUAUUUUCACUCAACAUUUCCGCUAAGCCGGAAAAAUCGAGAAUCGGAGAUCGUCGAGCUGUAUUUCUUGGCCGGCAAGCAACUGAUUGACCAUCUAGUGGAGGGGGGAUCUGCUCAAUUGUCGCCCUCAAUUCGUUGAGGUGUGGGCAUCCUCGGAGGAGUUCAAAUCCUCGUGGUUUGUGUGUGUGUGUGGUUGAAUAGUCGCUGCAUAGAAGCAAAAAGGAACCAGGGAAACGGACCGGAAUUCGAAGGAAUUUGAGCCUUGUGACUUGAGAGGUCAGUCCUCUCACAGUCGCAACUCAGUUUCAUGUGCAGGACUUCUCUUUGUUUUUUCUUUUCGUUGUGGCAACUCUUUGUCAACGAAACGUCGGGAACUGUUGAGAAUCCUUCGAGGAUUUUGCUAGGCUCAGACCUCCGUAGUGUUUGAAGAUAGCGGUAGAAAUUGGUGAAUUAGCAGAACAGAAUUAGGAAAUAGUGCUGCGAUUCCAGGUGCUUCAUGCCGGGAUGGUCGUCCUGGGACUCUUUCGAGAGGCUGCGCGCACAAUGACUCAUUCAAACACGCCAUCGCGCAAGCAUCGUUCUUAAGUUAGUUCACAUGUCUAUUUUUCAUUUUUUUGUACAGGCCAAAUUGAAGCGCAUCUUGAGAAAUUCGCAGAGUUGUGUAUUAAUCAGUAGGACCGCUGUUACAGCAGAAGGCUCGGGGUCGUUGUGAGGGGAUGGGGACCAUAACGAUGGCGAAUUCGGCAGCCGCUGCAUUGCUGAGCCUGCAGAUGAUGGACACCAAAAGCAGGGGCAGGGGACUCAAACGCCGCGGCUUCCUCGCCGACGAAGACCAGGCAAGGGCGCGGUUGAGCAAUCCGCCCGCUGCGGCGACGAAAGUCGAGGAGAAAUUGUGCCACUGCGACGUGUUGCCGGAGGAUGUCCUCGCGCAGUGCCUCUCCCACCUCGACUCCUUCCAAGACAUGGCAUCGGUGAGCAGAGCUUGCAAGCGCUGGAGAGAAGGAAUCCAACAAUCCUUGGCGUGUCAAACCAAGCUCAGCUUUGCAGGGUGGCGUCCCGACGACGGCGCGAUCUCACGCCUGGUGAAGGGAGCUGGCAGCCUCAAGGAGCUUAACAUUUCGAAUGGGCGGUGGGGUUGCCGAAUCACGGACGUAGGGCUGAUCCAAGUUUCAAUAGCGAAGUGCUGCCCCAACCUGGCCUCGAUCUCUCUGUGGGGAGUGACAGCCAUCACCGACGAGGGCGUCGUUCAAUUGGUGAGAAGGGCAGCGUCGCUGGAGCAUUUCAACGUGGGCGGUACUUUCAUCACCGACGUCUCUGUUUUGGCCUUAGCAUCCCAUUGCAAACUUCUCAAGAGCAUCAAUCUCUGGUGCUGCCGCCACGUUACGGAGACAGGAUUGCUGGCGGUAGUCAAAGGAUGCCAAAAGCUGGAAUCCAUUAACGUUUGGGGCAUGAGCAUCUCGCCCUCGUGUCGGCGUCGACUCAAACUCCUCAACCCCAAGCUCCACCUCAAGCCUGCCGCCGCCAACCACUCCAGUUAAGAUUUCCUCUCUUUCGGGGACGCUGUAACCGACCACUCUGCAGUUGGAAACUUUGAUCUCGGUUCGUGUGAGCUCAGGGACGAGGUGAUUGUGUAAUCUUGUGUAAAUAUUGAAGUAAGGAAGUCGUGGCAUUGUUGGGUUAGUGUGAUUCGAGCUGUGCAGUGGAGAACCAAAACCCAGUGUAAUCAGGGCAAGGUAUGUGAUUAUCAGGAGUGAGGAAGAACCGCAGUGAAAAUAAGAAUUCACGAAAAGAAUUAAAAAAAAAAAAAAAAAAAAAAA